AUGUCACUCUGUCUUUCUUGGGAUAUUCACAAGUUAGGACAAUUUGAGAGUGAUAUCACGUCCUUAGAAUCAUCCCUCACUGAUAGCAUGUCCCAAGCUAACCUUGAUGAAGCCCAUAAUAUUAUUGCUACGUACAAUAUGGCCCUAACCAAAGAUCUCAACAAUACUCAAAAGAAGAAAUUUCUCCGAGACAAUGUUCCACAGACCAGAAACGACCGGUCAGAGGUCAGAGUUAACCAAUCACGUAAACCCCGCUCUAGACGCUUCAAGCGCAAAAAGACAAUCACGGGGGACGGACCCUUGCAAACUCCUGACAUCUGUCCAGUGCUCAAUAAAUCUAGUGUUCCUCUCUCCGAGUCGGAGACCUCACUUCUUUCUAAGGGGCUGAAUUUCUGUCCCACGCCACAUGAGGUCGACGAAAAACAAGUCAGAGAGGACACCCGAGCAUUUUUUCGGAGACUUCGACUAAAGGAGCACUUCUCUAGAAAAGACUGCGAUGAUGAUUCAUACGACUCUUCCCAGCCACAAUUGUACGACCUAGAGAAACACAAACUCUAUCGGCCCAAAAGCAACUGGGAACCUGCACCAGGCAAAUGCGGAGCCCUGAGUCAUAUGGCCCCCGACAAUUUAAGUAAGGAAGAGAGAUCCGCCUCACAAUCAUUAAAGAAUCGGGAUGACAUCGUGAUCAAGAAAGCAGACAAAGGCUCUACAGUAGUAGUACUUGACAAAGAGACGUACAUGGCGGAGGCCCAUAGACAACUCUCAGACGAACGUUUCUAUAAGAAACUUGACUCUGACCCUUCUAAAGAAUUCUCCACCACUAUCACCAAAACUCUCGAUGAAAUGUUUGAAAAUAACGAGAUUGGUAUAAACGUCUAUGAGACACUCAAUCCUAUUGACUGA